GAAAGCGCUGAUUAACACACGCGUGUAAAAUCAGUCUUGUUACACCAUAUCGAAAUCAGUAAAUGAUCACAGAUGUAUUUGUUUGCAACAAUCAUUCCAAAGAUAUUCGUAAGUGUUUGCUAAAAGCCGCUGAGCAGUGUUGUGUGUGGGACCUGGGAAGAUCAUUUAAUUGCUGGAAUGUAGACACAUGUGUCAGCACAACAAAAUUGCGUUCGUAACGUGAGAUAAGUGUGUAACGACUGCUGGUGAUCCAUUCGAUUGAUACGCAAACAACAUAAAACCCACAUGUUCCAGUACAAAGUCUCAUUAAGGUGAUAAAUAAAUAUGAACUACAUUGUGAGAAAGUCUGCCUCACGACGUUUAAUCUACACUUUAUUUCAUAUAUGAAGCUGUGGAUCUCUCAAAGUUCUCAAGGAAUUGUCAAAUAUUUUUUUAUCUCUUAUCAGAAACUGAUAUGUUGGAAUCGUGACAAAGUGAGAUGGCUGGAAGAGAACGGGAGGAAAGUGCCAAUCAGCUAGUAGGUGCGACGUCCAGGUUAGAUGAAGAAAGGAGGACGUGUUGGGUUUGUUUUGCCACUGAUGAUGAUGACAGUGAAGCAGAGUGGGUGCAUCCUUGCAAUUGUCGUGGUACAACUAAGUGGGUUCAUCAGUCCUGCAUACAACGAUGGGUAGAUGAGAAACAAAAAGGAAAUCCUUCCGGCCGUGUAACUUGUCCACAGUGUGGAACAGAAUACAUAAUUUUAAUUCCUAAUGUGGGUACAGUGGUGUUUAUACUAGACACACUUGAUAGUAUUGUCAUAAAAGUGUGCCCUUUCAUGGCUGCUGGCAUUGUUGUUGGAUCCAUAUAUUGGACAGCAGUGACAUAUGGCGCAGUGACGAUCAUGCAGGUGGUAGGUCAGGAUGAAGGUAUGUCUGUAAUGGAAAAGGCAGACCCUUUUGUGCUGCUUUUUGGACUGCCUAUGAUACCUAUGGUAUUAAUUGUUGGAAAAACUCUUCACUGGGAGGAUGCUGUCCUAAAUUUUUUGCGACGACAUUCGUACAAAUUGCCUCUUCUUAAAUACAUUCUUCCAUCAGGGCCUUCAGAGGGAACACGGAGCAGUGUAGAAUUUCCUCCCAUGAAUGAUCCCGUUUCUGCAACACGGGUGCUUUGUGGAGCACUUUUGUUGCCAACUGUGGCAUCAUUAGUUGGAAACAUUUUCUUCGAAACUGUAGAGUCAAAUAUUCAUCGAACAUUGUUGGGUGGAUUGGCAUUCGUCGCUGUCAAAGGUGUGUUAAGAAUAUACCAUAAACAAAAACAGUAUGUUCGACAGACACGUCGCAGAAUAUUGGAUUACACGGAAGCGAAUCGUAACGCUGUCAGAAGGGAAGCAGGAGCAGCUAAUCACUGAAGUCACUGUCAGGUUAUUGACUGAGAAUUGGCAGUUCCUUGCUGUUUGCAUAUUGUUGCAAAUUAAAAUUUCAAGUAACUGGUGUGAAACUUGCAGAGUGUGAGCCAGGUGAUGAAUCGAAUAACAAAAUUGUCCAUGGUAAAGUGUUUAGUGAUAACUUUGUUUACAAUUGUUACUGUAAAAUAAAUUAAAAUAUAUGAAA